AUGUAUCUCAGCAUCCUUUAUUAUCUGAAGGUAAUUCUGCUUCCAGUAGAUUGUGUUAGUAUAAGACGGCUGGCUCGGCCCCAUCGCUCCUCUCCGGGACUUCACUCGGCCGAACCAUGUUUCCGUCUUGACCAGAAGACUUCCCUCUCCCUCAGCCCUCUCACGUCAGCCAGGACACGAGAAGGCGGGGCUGGGGCCCGUUUGCGUGGUCAUGCUCGUUGGCGUUGCCUGACGCUGCCCGGCUGCGGUCUCCCGCGGUUGGGUCCCCGCUUCGAAGGAUGGGGGAUGUCGGGUUGCGGUCCUCCUUCAUUAAGCCGGUCUCCCGUCCAAUCCUCAGGGCUGGGGGUCGCGGGGGGUUAUGAGGCUGGAGCGCCUCCCUCACGUCCCCCUUUCUGGACCUUGAUUCCACUUUUCUCACCUGUGGCACUUUACUCUUUAAUCUUGUCUCCCGAAAAAAACCUUAGGCUCCCUUUGUUAAGAAGCUUCCUCAGCAAUGGCCUUAGGAAGAGGAUAAAGCCUCGCGAGCUGCUUCUGCCUGGCGAGUGCCCGUUUGGAGGAAAAUGUAGGGAGGGAUUUUGUAAUCACGUUGUCAGACGCUUGAGGAAGUACCUAAAUGACUCACAGGAAAAAUUAGGGACAGAAUAAUAUCAGUGUCUUUGGAGAGGUUGUGCAUUAUGGGCCAUUGGUCCCAAUGAACUGAUAGUCCAUGUGAAUUUCCAUAGUUAUUGCACAAAGCUGAAAUAUUUAGGCUCUCAAAUAAGAGCAUCCCACCAAAAUUUGCCAGAACGUUCACAAAGUAAUCACAGCCAAAAUAUGAUACCAGAGAUUAUAGACAUUUUUAUUUGCUGUUGGGAGCAUUGUGAUAUGACCAUCAAUAAUCCAGAAUGGUUUUAUCAACAUGUUACCAUGCAUGCUUAUUGUGCUGAAAAAGGAAGUCUUUUAAACAAACAAACAAAAAGAUCUAUCUUCUAUUGCUGGAAAGCUUCUAAUGUUGAAACAUUUGACAUUAACAGUGACUUUGGCAAUGAGAACUUUAUAGUCUCAGUUUCAGUGACUAUGGCUGAUGAGAACAUAAAGGCUAAAGAAUCUGAAGAAUUUGCCAAGUUGCAUCCCCACAACUGUUCCAGACUAUGGAAUAUAUAUGAUCUAUGUAAACACAUUGAAACACACACUGCCUACUGUUGUGAUGUGAAUGGGUGUAUUAAGACAUUUAGACAGCAUUACAAAAAAGUGCAUGAAAGUACCAUAAAGUACAAAUGUCAUAUCUUUUAGAAAUGUUUUUUGUGGUGCUACACUUUGAAUUUACACCUCCGGAAGAUACAUCAGCUCAGCUGUUGUUCUUACUUUAGAUACAAAGAAGAUGAAGAUGGCUACUGGACUUUGAAUAUAGAUAAUUUUAAAACUGCUAUGGAAUUAAAUUGUAAUUUCAUUUACAAGAAGCCUCUCCAAAAGACUUCAGGAAGCCAAAGUUGUACUAGAAAUAGCAGCAAUGCUUCUUACAAAGGAUUGUUCACAAGAUUUCAUACUUCAUACUUUCACCCACUAUCAGGAUCUCCAAUAGGAAAAUCUGUGUCAGAGGUGGAUAUCUCUUUAAAAGAGUCUGUAUAUUGUGAACUUCACAAUGUUCCAGUCUCAUAUGAAAAUUCUCCAACUGAAUUUAAUGAAACUAUGACAUUGAAUGCAGUGCUAAAAUGA